GUGCAGCUAAAAAAGGUGAACACGUCGGAAUACUGGAAUGUCCUUCAAGGAUGUGCGAGAUCUGGGGGAACACCUUAAGUUGUUGGGUUUUCCCCGGGUAUUUCCCCUGCAAUCUCUGGCCAAUCCGCAUGGCAGCCUGGCCAGUUUUCACAUAGUCACCGAGCUUCUUCAAUGGUUGGCUGGGCUGAUGGAACCGGGUGCCACUUUACCCGGUGGCGUGGAGUCAGAGGAGCAGCGGGUUCUCCUCGUUCGUUCGGCAACGGAGUUUUUUGUGACCAAGGCGGCCAUACGUCUGAAUCCAAAGAAAUUAUAUGCAGCCGCAGCGGUAACGGCAGCGGAACUACAGAAAGUAACCCGACUUUUGACAGCCCCCGUACAAAACGAAGAAGAUCGCGACGAGGAGGACCAACGGGAUCAGUACAGAAGCCUAAAUCCCGUCGAUAUUGGCGACAAGAUGGAUGAGUUGCGUAAAGCUAGGGAGCUGGCAGCAGAUUUAACUCAGCGAGGCUCGACCAUAUACGAGCUGCUUUCGAAGGAACUGCUGAACAAGGAAACCAGGAUGUCCCAGGCCCAACGGCCCCUAGAACUCCUCAGUGUGGAGAGAACUCUAAAGAACGCCAUCCAAGCCAGCCAAGUUCGCCUGCAGUCGAGUAAAGCUCAACUGGAGGCAGCAAAGGUGGAGUCCAAUGCACUGGGCUCCAAGUUGCAGCGUCGCCGAGCAGAGCUUGAAAGAACCCGCCAAAGAUUGGAGGCACUGCAUCGUAUUCGACCGGCUCACAUGGCGGAGUUCGAGGACUGUGAAAAGGAAUUACAGCAGCUUUUCCAGCGCUUCUUCCUAAGGUUGCAUGUACGCGAUGCUCUGAAGUCCCAGCUGGAAUUGCGUACUAAACGUGCCACGCCCAUUGCCUCGCCCGUUCUGCAGAAGCCCUUAGAGAGCUCCAUGCCCUUUAUUCCGGAGGGUCUCAUAGAAGACGAUGACGACGACGAUGAUUUAGAUGACGAGGAUGAGGGCGAUGAUGGCGGCGAUGCCGUUUCCGGCCUGGACAUGGUGGUAAAUGGGAGGAGUGUUUUCGGCCUGGACUCUGAGAUACCCGAUAUACGAGACGAGGAUAAGCUAAUGCAGCAGAACAGCGUCACUUCGGCACAGGGAAAGCGUCCUGGUACUGCCACCUCCAGAAUAAGACCAACAACGGGUAGAAGCAGAAAAGCUGUCUCGAUCGGAGGAAGAGGCGCAGCAGGACCAGAAGGAGGUGGCGAUGUCAGAGCAAACCGGGGAUCCAGAAGAAGUGAAGCGGUUGGAGGAGAUGCAGGUGGGACCCAUCGAAAUGGCCGCAAUGGUCCCGGAAGCAGUAUGCUCAACUCACGAGAUGAUGACAGCAGCUUCGGGAGCUCGGAAAGUGAACUGGAUGUGGGGGAGAUCAUGGGGAUGAGUGGGUUGAGCAAUAUUGCUUUGGGAGCCGGCGAUGACGACUUUGAUCUCAACUCGAUAGAUGACAUUAGCAUUUCAAAGUUAACUGGAGAGCUGCCGCUGCGACCGAAGACGGCCAAUAAACCGGAACACCACAGCGAUGAGGACUUUUAGGGUUACUUCAAGUUUUCUACAGUUUUUAUAAACACUGCAACCAGUACAAUUAAAUAAAAUAU